GGCCCCGCCCCCCGGACACGCCCCCCAGCCCCGCCUCUGUUGGUCAUCCCUAUUCAGAGGGCGGGAACACGGCUGAAAUGCUCGUCCUGUGAUUGGCUCGCUGGGCCCGCCAGUCAAGGCUCGUUGCUACACGGCUCCGCCUGCCCAGCAACGCCAGCAGGGCGGGAAUUCUACGCUUUCCAGCAGGGGGUGGGUGGGGCUAGGGUGUAGCAGUCCUGCGUCCUCAUUGGUCAGAAUUGAUGUGUGUCAAAUCAAGCAGCCAAUCCGUGAAGAGGUGGAGGAGGGGCCACAGACAGCAGCAGCAGUGAGAGAGACGAAGAUGGAGAUAGUAUAAAAGGAUAGAUUCACUCUCAUCAGCUUUAUUCAGUUAUACAUUAUAUAUAUACAUAUAUAUACACAUAUAUACAUUAUAUAAUAUAUAAUAUAUAUACAUGUACACAUGUCUAUAUGCUGUAUGUACAUAUUACAGAGUAUAACCUAGUGGAGGAGGGGAUGUUAUUAUAAUUAUAUAUAUAUAAUGAUUAAGCAGUGUAUGACUGAUUCAUUACCAGGUGAACAGAUUAAAUAUCUUGUUUCAUGCUCCAGUAGUCUGCAUAUAUCUGUAUUAAUAACACUAACAUCAUUAAUAGUAACCGCGGAGCCAGAAACGCGUCCUGAGCUUUGAGCCUCUCCGGACACCGUAGCUGAACCGGAAGAACCGUUUGUAGUCUUUCUGCGGAUUCGAGGAGGUUCAACAUGUGAAGAAGAAGAACACGGCUCAUCUAGUCUUUAGAGACCUCCAGCAGCAGCAGCAGCAGCAGCAGCACUAACAGCAGCAGCACCAGCAGUAACAGCAGCAGCAGCAGCAGCAGUAACAGUAUCAGCAGCAGCAGCACUAGCAGUAACAGCAGCAGCAGCAGCAGUAACAGCAGCAGCAGCAGCAGUAACAGCAGCAGCAGCAGCAGUAACAGCCGUCAGAUGGACUCCCUGCAGCGGCUCCUGCAUCAGUUCAACCCCAGCGGGGCAGCAGCGGAGUCCACCUGGUUAGAGGACAUGUUCAGCUUCAUCACAGAACACCUGUAUCCGGUCCUCCCUGGCCCCGCCCCUCCCGCUGCUGACGACUCGUCGACAGGUGUGUGUGCUGAUCAGCUGAGUGUGUGUGUGGUGAAGAAGAUACAGGAGAACAUGGCGGUCACACACACCUUACCUGUCAGCUACAGGCCGGUAUCGGUCUCGGAGCUGCUCUCCCGGCAGCACCUGGCCUGUGUCAGUAACCUGUCUUGGAGCACCAAUCAGCAGCGAGCGUGGGCCAAGGAGGCGGAGCUUUCUCUGCCGGGUCACCGGGCUCUGCCGAGGGUCAACCUGCUGCUGAUUGGCUGUCUGACAGAGGGGCGGGGCGGAGACUGGAGGCUGACGGACGCCAGCGGCAGCGUCAGGUGUGAGUGCCUGUCUCCCUCUCCUCUGUGGCUGAAUCGUCCUGUCUUCCUCCCUCACUGGAACUACAUCCCCCACAAUGCCCCGGGGCAGGAGCAGGACCAGGCCGGAGGCUACGUGGAGCUGAUUGGUUCUCCUGUUCUGCUGGGUCCCGGUCCUGAGCAGGGAUUGGCUGUUGGUCCUGGAGGAGGGGCGGGGCUUAGCGGAGCAGUCGGAGUCAGAGAGGCUGCAGGUUUACUGAACAACAGGACUCGUGGACAGCGUGUCUCAGUCUGUGGUCUGGUGGGUUCAGUGUGCCCUCAGCUCGUCGUGACAGGAACGUCCUUCUUCUGCUUGUCGCUGACAGACGGCUCUCAGACUCUACCUGUCCUCGUCAAGGACAGCAGCAGGCUGUGGUGGACUGGGUGUGUGUGUGUAGGUGUCAGUGUGUGUGUGACGGCGUUGCGUGUGUGCGUCCUACGAGGCUGGAGAGGAAACAACAUCCUGUGUGCGACCGACCAGUCUGAACUACACACCAACUACACACACACUGACUCCCCGUCGGACACGCCCCCUCCGCUGAUGAUGUCACACGUUGAUGAUGAUGAUGAAGAUGAUGAUGACUGUGAGGAGGCGGAGCCUGAGAGAGACGUGGUCCAAUCAGCUGUCAGGAUGAAAACGUCCAGAGUCAUCAGUUACCAGGGCACCGUGACUGAGGUGGUGAGUGAGGGGGCGGGGCUGUACGUGAUUGACAGGAAGGUGGGGCUGUGCCUGGCCUAUCAGCCGACGCUGAGGAGGAAGCUGAGAGCAGGAGACUCUGUGGAGCUCCAUCACGUCCACUUCCUGUACCGGCCCUGUCCCGACUUCCCUCCCAGCAUGCUUUGCACCUGCCUUCGCUCCAGCCUCAGGGUCACGACCUUCAGCAGGGUGGGGGGGUCAUCGCCUGACUCCAGGUGUCCCGGUGACGGAGUGUUACCGCGGUUACUGCUGGAGAAAAACAUGGACGUGUCCCAGUACCUGUGGACCUGUCACCUGAGCUCUCAGCUGUCUCACAGUCUGGUUCCCAGUGUCUUGCAGCAGCAGUGUGUCUGUCUGUUGUCCUGGAAGCUGAUGGAGUUGGUUUGGAGACGAGGAAGACGAGGACGAAGGAGGGACAUCUACUCAGAGAUGUUGGACGAGCCUCACACCUGUCCUCUGACACAGUACAGUGUUGACCCGUCCGUCCAUCAGUACAUGGGUGUCUCAGAGCUCAGUCAGUCCCUCCAGUCUGGGUCCUGGUCUUCAGUGUCUCUAAGGUCUCUGCUGCCUCCUGAUGGAUCCGGUCUGACCAGGUCUCAGAUCAACACGGCCCUGUCCUGGUCCUGCAAGACUCUGACCUCUGACCCCCAGAACAACCAGCAGCCUGGAGACAGACUCAGGCCACGCCCCCUGCUGCUGGUCGGCGUCCUGGAGCUGCCGUCACAGACGUCUCAACACGCCCUGCAGCUCAGAGACAGGACGGGAGCUGUGGCCUGCGUCGUCACGGAAACCAGCGAGGACGAGGAGGGAGGUCAGAGGGCGGUCUACAACACCGCCUGGAUAGGUUGUCUGGUGUGUGUCCAGCAGUUCACCAUGGUAACGGAGAGAUUCCUCCAAUCAGAUUUCCCCUCCCACCAGCACCUGGACCAGGACCAGUACAUCACACACAGACACUGCAGAGUGUACCUGCAGUUCUCUCUGGACCACCUCCACAUCCUGAGUCCGUCCGUUGCCAUGGUGACACACCUGCAGCACAGGGGGGAGGAGUCAGGAGGUGACAUCACAGCAAGGAAGCAGACAGUAGAAGAAGAAGAAGAGACGGAGGGAGGUCAGACUGCAGCGAGGAAGAGAAGAAGAGAGGGCGGCCCCCGGCCCUGCGUCUCCAUGGUGAUCAGGGUGGAGCAGAAGGAGGGCGUGGCCUGGAGGAACACAGGGGCGGAGCUACGAGGGGAGGAGGCGGGGCUGACGCCGUGCUUCUCCGUUAGAGCCGCUGUGAUUGGUCCAGUGGUCAGCUGGGGGCGGGACCCGAAGAACCAACCAAUGACAGAGAGAGAGCUGGAGACAGAGAGGGAGGACAAGGUGGUCCUGGUGCUCUCAGGUGUGUCCUCUCGCUGGUCUCCUCUCCUCCAGCCUGGAUGUUUCUACAGACUCACUGCUGCUAACACUCAGGAUCCCAGUGUUCUGAUUGGCUGUGGUGUCUCCGGGCGGAGGGGGGUGGAGCUCCACACUGACUCCACCCUUCAGGUCCCAUCUGAUUGGAGGUUCCACACUCUGACACGCCCACUGCUGCUGCACACCUGCACACAGGCUCUCUCGCCCACAGUCCUGUCGGUCUCUGAGGUCUUAGACUGCAGGUCAGAGCUGGUGUGUCUCCAGGCUCAGGUGUGUGAACGGACCAGUGUGAGCGACCGGACCGGUGACUCCGGUGCAGGUGUGAGACUCAGGGUGGGAGACCGAACCGGGAGGAUUCUUCAGGUGUACCUGGACUUAAGCCACACCCCCUACCCACCUGGCCUGUUGCCUGGCAACACCCUGCUGCUGUGUGCUUUCCAGAGGAGAGUCUCCAGGUCCGGAGGAGUUUACUGCUGUUACCUUCCUGUCAGCUCCAUCACUGUCACCUCACUGGGAGAUACCAGCUCUGCCCGGCCUCCUCCUCCUCCUGCUCCCAUGAUGCAUCUGGGUGUGUGGGCACUGAGCAGGGAGCAGGGAUGCAUUGUGGGUCAGGUCAAAGGUCAUGUGGUGUGUUUCCUGUUCCUGCAGCUGCAGUGGAGCUGCUCUCUGUGUGGGAGUCUCUACAGACAGUCUUGUUCCAGCUCUCCGUGUCCUUCGACCUCGUCCGUCUUUCAGUCCAAAGCAAAGCUGGUGAUUGAUGACGGGACAGGUGAGGCUCACGUUUGGUUCUCAGGUGCUCUGGUUCGUCCUCUGCUCGGAUUGGCUGAUUCUCAGUGGGAGGGGCUUCAGAGAGCGCUCAGGGUCAGAGGUCACGUCAGAGUCUACCCCAGGGGGCGGAGCCUGGUGUGUGACUCUGAUGAUCCUCUCCUCCACUUCCUGUUGUGUGUGUGCAGCAGUGAUGUUGUGUGUCGUCAGCUCUCUCUCACCUGUAGAAAACAGAACAACCAGCGAGCUGAAGAGACAAAGAGGUUCAGUCGAGGAGAACGAGACUUCAUGACCAGGGUGACGCCUCCUCUACAGCUCACCUGUCUGCACCUGAACACUGACUGAUCUCACCUGUCUGCACCUGAACACUGACUGAUCUCACCUGUUCACAUCAACACUGACUGAUCUCACCUGUUCACAUCCACACUGACUGAUCUCACCUGUCUGCCCACUGACACACAGACAGGAAGUCAGCCACAGGAAGGGGCGGAGCCAGCUCACCUGACGUUCUGUUUAAUGUUGAAUAUGUUGAUAUAAGUUAUUAAAUCUACAUUUAUUUCUCCUGAA